AUGAACGCAAUUCAGCAAAAAUGUCGGCCCAAGCACCAGGUUCUGGUGCUCAAGUGUUAUCCCCGGACCUCCAAGGGAGCUGUUGACGUCAAGCCCAACAGCAGCGAGCUCAGCUACCUCCUUUUCUACGCCACGAGCCGCCGUUCUAAGAUUCAGAAGAUUGGUGCAUUUCUCGAGAAAAAGACCGCCAGCGAUGUGUGGCGGCUACGAAUUGGCAAUGUCCAAGUUACCCUUGGGAUCCUCACUGCGCUCAUCGAGAAGUCACCAAAAGAUAUCGCUCUAAUUGCCCCCUGUGUGCUCAACAUCCUCGAACUUAUCCUUCGCUCCAACGACAUCUCCAUGAUCGAGUCAUCCCUACCUACCUUUGACGCCUUUUGCGAGCAUCAUGAUGUCUCCUCGCUCUUCGCCGACCAGUCCUACCUUCACCAGUACGAGUCUGUUGUCCGCUCCUAUGCCAGUCUCGCCUCCAUCAGCUUCAACCCGACAAAGCAACCACUGAGCAGUCCUGUUAAAGCUCGGUGGAGGACCGCAGGGCUGAAAGCCAUCAGAAGCAUUGCGGCCUCGGAUGCGCUGUCGACUCUCACAGGCCGCCAAAUAGACGUUAUCGUUCCCCUCAUCCUUGAAAACCUCUGGACAACAGAUGAGAAUAUGCUAGAGACCUUCUUGGAUCGAGUCCAGGCGGAAGAGAAGGCCGAUACUGAGAAGAUUCUAAGGCGGCGCACCAGUGUCGCAACAGUCGAGACGGUCGAUACCGCCGGCGAGCCUCGCCCUAUCGCAUUUUCCGGAACAGCAAACGAUGCGGAUCGACUGGCGGAAGAGGACAUCGGGGUUCUCGCCAUGCAAUGCCUCAAGAGCAUAUUCGUCGUCCCCAACCGGUCUCAGAUAAAUGCGGCCACCUCAGUUUUGUUACGGUUUAUCCUGGAUAGGUCAGAUGCUGGAUAUUCGGUCGCGACGCUCGGAAGUAAGGGCAAAAAUGACAAUGGCUGGGCCCUCACUCUUUACAACGUCAUUGCUCGAUGGGCCCCGGUUCAGGACCGUUACAUCAUCCUGGUUGUCGCAAUCGAUACCCUGAUCCGAACACCUGCCACGGAUGCUCGUAUGGAGCAGCAGCUUGUCCUUGUGUCUAUUAUUGGAUCACUUUUGCGAUCUGAUGUAAACCUGAUUGGCCUUAGCAUUAUGGAUGUCUUGCUCGGACUGGUCAAGCAGAUCAGGAAGCUCUUCCGUCCUUCUGGUAGUGUGAACCCGACCGACAGCGCUGCGGACGAGAAAACAGAAUCGGAUACAGAGCCAAGUACACCACUACCACGGAAGCAAUUGUUAGAGCGACUUGAGGGGUGUAUUGGAGAUCUGGCAACGCAUGUCUAUUAUGCUGACCAAAUCACUGACAUGAUUGCCGCGAUCAUUGCGCGACUCAAACCUAGUCGUUCAUCCAGCACAGGUUCCACACCUCACGGUGAAAAGGCCGACGGGAACGAGCCACUGCCUGCUUCGUCUGCCCAAGACUUGACUGAGAGCCAGUCGACAAUUGAUGCAUACUUUUCUUACAGCAAGGGUCGUCUUUCCGGCCUUAGCAUUAUCAAGGCUAUUCUACUGGUGGCUAACCCGUCGCUGAAAAUUAGCGGCAACGUGAAUCUUUCGAGGAAUAGGGUCCCUCUCGAUGUCUGGGAAGGUACGCACUGGCUUCUCCGGGAUCCGGAUGGCGAGGUUCGCAAGGCAUAUGUGGAAGCAUUCGUUACGUGGCUUGACCGUGAGACGACUGCUGCUGACCUGAGAGCGAGCGAUGAGGCUUUGGUCCAACACCGACCACAACACAAGUCAAGCCAGGACUCGCCUACCGCUACGGCCUCCCAGCGGGCAGUUUCAAACGCCUCAAAUCGGGAACGUUUGCCCAGAUGGCGCCGUUCUCAGUUCUUACCUCUCCUUCACCUAUCCAUCUACGACAACGCUCUUCAGUAUGUGGACUACGAGACGGACUUGGUGCUUCUCCACGUCCUCCUCACCAAGCUAACAUUCCAACUUGGGGUCAACGCUGUACGUUAUGGGCUUCCGAUGAUAUAUCACCUACAGGAAGAGAUACAAGAGAUUGAACCCCCCGUCCACAAAGUCCGCAUUGCUGCCUUGUGUCAUGGGUAUUUUUGGGCUUUGAUAGAAAAGUUUGACAUCGAAACGUCGGCCCUCGGUAGAGCCAUCCACAACGAAGUGGCUCGUCGCCGUACCAAGGGCUUUUGGGUCUCGGGCAUCAACGUUCCUGCUCCAUUGCCCAGAUCAGUAGGUGUCCCCGGCCAAACCGGACCGCCGCCUUCUUGGGAUGCUGCAGCACUUGAACAGGAAGCUCUUCUUCCAUUUGAUGACCGUGGCGCUUUGAUCAACUCCAUUGCUGCCAGCUAUGAAGAAAGUGCUAGGUCUCCUCCCACUAGUCCGAUGGCAUCACCCAGUCGUGCCGGCACGGGCCCCGUUCUGGGAUCAACACUGACUUCACCGCACGAGCACGCCUUGGAAUUUCCUGACGCAUUCAGAGAGUACAUGCUGGCAGACUGGACAAGAGAGGGAGUUGCCUCAGCUUUGGCUUUGGAAGGCAAAGCCGAAUCCCUCAAUGGCUCAAGAACAGGUACUACAACAACCCGCAACCGUCUCACAAUCAACACGGCAAACUUUGGCAGCAAUGGGAUCUCGACUCAGGGAGGCCCGCAUAACCUACGCCCUCAGUCGGCUCGACUCCCUGGCGAUGGUGAACGCUUUGGAUCAAGUGCAAGAUUUAGUAAAACGAGCGUGCGAAGCGGGCUUUCUCCAUCUCCCUCUACUACGGCUAAGGGGGCCGUCGCUUCCGUGGACCAGCUCAAGAUGGUGCUUUCUGGAAGCCUUGCGACACAAAACGUGAAUGGCGCAGGCGAAGAUGAUGAAGAAAGUGGCGAUAGUAUGGUCAGUUACGAAUACAGCGCCUCCGAACUGAGCCAUAAUCAGGGCACGCAGGUGUCAGAUCGUGGCAGUGUUGUGGUUGACGGCGUGAAGCGAUCAGCUUCUGGUGCCCACCGGGGGCCGCUCAACUCGAACCCCCCGACUCAUAACCUACCGAACUUUGGGGACGAUGUUGGGUCAGGGGAUGACGUCCCGCCGGUCCCACCAUUGCCCAAGUCACAUAGUGCUUUGACAGGCAAGAGCAUGGGCGUAACCGAUGACAUUGCCGUCCAAGAUUAUGCUGUCAAAGGCGCGAGGCGCAACCUGAGCAACCGAAGCCGCAGGGGCAGCGUGAAGUCUCGACACGGCAAAGAUGACAGUGGGAAGGCAAUCGACUUGCAGGAACUUUUGAGGGGCAUCGACAGCCGGGUUGGUGAAGCGGGUCUGGGAAAUAUCACCAAGCCGCCGUACUAG